UAAUCUGUUUACUGUGACAGCCAAUCAGCACCUCUCUGCUCCAGCUUCUUGCUCUCCGGGCCAAUCAGCAGCGAGCAGCUCUUUGUUGUUGCUGCUUCGGGCCCCGGCAGAACGCGGACGGCCAUCGAGUUGCAGGGAGUCGCUGCGGUUUGUCCCGGUUCACCGACGGGUUUCUCGCCAGUUUGGCUUUCUGACAGGCGGAAGCGCCAUGUCGGUGAACAUGGAGGAGCUGAGGCACCAGGUGAUGAUCAACCAGUUCGUGUUGGCGGCCGGAUGCGCGGCCGAUCAGGCCAAGCAGCUCCUCCAGGCGGCCCACUGGCAGUUCGAGACGGCGCUGAGCUCCUUCUUCCAGGAGGCCAACGUUCCGGGUCAGCAUCAGAUGACGGUGACGCCCAGGAACACGCCGGCCACGCCCCCUAACUUCCCGGACGCCAUCGCCAUGUUCUCCAGGCUGCGGGCGUCAGAUUGCCUCCCACAGGCCGCCGCCGCCCCCCCACACCAACCCCCUUGGCUGCCUCCCCCCCCCACAGGUCACCAUCAAGGUCACCUCCAGCUGCACCGCCGCCCGGCGGCCCCUAGCAGCCGGCCGCCAUAUCGGCGCGCCUCGGCCCGAGAUGAGGACCGGGUCGGUUCCGGUCUCUGCUGGAUGGAAACCAGGAACCACGGAUUCCUGGAGAGUCCGGAAGGUUCUGUGAGGAUUCUGACUCGGUCCGCUGGACUCAGAACCCAGAGCCAUGAGGUCCAGCAGAACCCAUGAGGUUUUGGGUUCGGACCCGGUUCUGCUUCAGAUUGAUUUUUAUUUCCUUUUUUUUCCCAAACUUUCUGAAAGCGGAUCCAUCAGAACACAACCUGGUUCUACUGUCCUGGACCCGGGUCGGACACGGAACCAAACCAAACUUUUGUUCGCUCAACAACUAGGAGCCGCUUGGGUCCAGAUGUUCAGAACCGCUCCGGUUCUCCUCCAUGCUGAAUGUUGGCUAUGACAGAGUCAGAGGUCAGAGGUCAGAGGAACGGUGAACAUGAACAUUUUCAGGUUUUAGUUUCCGGGUCGGGUCAAAAUUCCUGAACCUGCCUGGUUCUGUUGCCAUGGAGACAAAUUGAUCCAAUUCUUCAUUUAGUUUGGACUUCCUGAGUUUCCAUACUUUUAAUUCUGCUGUUGAACUUUAUUUCUAUGUUUAAUAAAAGACAUUCUGAUUUGGUGUGAAGAACCACCCGGGCCGGAACCAGAACCACCCGGGUCUGGUUAUCUCUAGUGUGUUUCCAGUGUUUUAUGGAGCAAAUCUGAGCAUCAAAGAGAAACUUUAUGGUGGAUUUUCUAAGAUUUAAAAACUUCCUGUGUUUAUAGGAAACUGUUUGAGAAAAGCUUAGCAAUAAAGUUUUAGAAAAUAAAACCAUGUGAGCUGGUUCUGUUCAAUGAAAAAUGGUUACAAUGUAUGGAGCCAUGUAGCACGUUCAAAGCCCUAGCAUGUAGUUAGCAUUCAAAGCUCUAGCACAGGGGUCACCAACACGGGGCCCGCAGGCCCCCAGUCGCCCGAUGGGACCUUGUCAGUCGACCGCAGAGCAAGUUCUAAAAAUAGCCAUUGUCAUUAGGGAGCACUGCCAAAGAAAUGAUUUAUGUUAUAGCCUUGAUUAGCCAAAGCACAAUAAACAACAACCAGAAUUAAGUUAAUUAUUGAUAUUUAUUGUUGCAUAGAUAAAAAGGAUUCCCCACUAACUUCAUCCGUUCGUUGUCAACCUGACAUGGGGAUCACACCAAACGAGAUAGAAAUAUUCAGGGAAGUGACCAAAACAGACAAUUAAACAAAACCAACAAAAUAAAUGACAGGUUGUUAACCCGCCCUCACAAAUACAAGAAGAAAACAAUCCUAACAACAAAGGAAAACCAAACGCUAAAAGGACAGCAGGAGGCAGUGCAAAAACUGUAAAACAAAAACACAAAAAUUGUUAAAUGCUUAUUAAAUCAUUUUAAUCAAAUCAACCUAAAACACAUUAAAACACUGGCUACCUGCAUAAAUCAACACUCCCAGUUCAAACCUUGGAGUAGCCGAUCUGGUGCAACCCUGACAAAUAAAAACAAUAUAUAAACAUACAAUUAGUUUUCAUUAAAGGAGACCAAGUAUAAAACCUUCUUGUGGCGUCGAACAACCACGCCCAGGUAACGCCACCACCUGAACACCAUCAGCACUGCGGUCCACAGCCAGCAAACAACAAACAACACAAAACUGGUCUGACACAGGAGAUUGAUGCUUCGCCACCAUCCUUCUAGCUUCCCUUUUAUGGAGGCUCAGGCUGUAGAGACAGCGACCCCUAAUGGUGCCUCCUGUUACAUUUAAUUUAAUGUUUUACAUUGAGUUAAUAACAUUUGUUUAUAUUUAGAUUUUUUUUAAGUUAAUUAUAAAAAAUGUUUUAAAU